AUGGCGCAAGCGAAAGGGAUCGCAAAAUUUUGGAUAGCCACCAGCAAGCUGAUCGAAGAUGUGCUGUCCCACGAGCGAUUUGUGCAGGCUGCGGAAUCCACGAAAGAUGUCCGCAUCGUCCAUCGUUUGGUAUCGGAUUUGUACUGUCGCUACGUGGAGCUGUGUCGGAGCCUAGGGCACUGCUACGACCAAACGCUGCAGGUGCAGAAGCGAGAAGUAGUCCAAUACCUUCUAGAAGCCAGCAACACGCGCCUACUAGAGCUGGGCUCCAUGUUGAAGAACAUCGAGCUUAGUGAUUUCGUGUACAUUGACGGCGCUCUGCAGGAGCUUCACUUAAUACCGGAAGAUGUGCAAGCCGUACGGCCAUGUUAUUUCCCUGCCAAACGGCCUGCUCAUCUUCAAGAGUUGCUUCGAUCGAAAAGGCUGCAGCGAUUUACUCCAGCUAGCGGUAGUAGCAGCGAUGAGGAGGAAGAGGAGGAAGAGCAGGAAGACAAUUCUUUAGAGAAUGAUGAGCAGCGGGAAGAGAAACCGGUACCCGGAUUGCUGAAGCGACCGAUUGUAAAGCGGGAUCGCAGGAAAGAACGGUUGCUCUGGGCACUCCGUUUAAUACUGGCCCACGAGAAGGCUCGUCAGGCACGGGUUCGUCGGACAAACUAUCGACUCCAUCCGGACCGCUACUUUCCGAAGCCGAUCGAUGAAGAUUUGGUCGAUAUUCAGUAUUAGUUUUUCUUUCGCCCCGGCCAACAGAUGCUCUUUCCGGUUAAGCGAACCGUUUUCGACUGGAACUUUCAGAUGCAGCAGAAAGAUCUGGUCGCAUUCGCAUACUACACGCCACCGGGUUGGCAGGACACAGUGGCCACAGUUCCUGUCGUUCCUGCGGAACCCUCCAGCGUAGAUAGGUCAAAGAUUAACGCAGCAAAAUCGGACGAGCUCGAUACUGCGCUGGCCUUGGCCGAAGCGGAAGCAUUACGUGUGGCCGAAGAGGAAUGCGAAAAGUUUAGACUAAACCGUGCGGCACGACGAAUCCAGCGCUGCUGGCGUGAUUUUCGUGCAGCAAAAGAGCGAAAACGAGCACGAUAUGAACGAUCGCGGUUUUUGGGUCUUUUCGAUGAUCAAAAACCGAUCGAUCGGUCACCGAUGGUUGCCGUAGAUCGGGCGCGUACCGAGCGUAGCAACCAGAGGGUGGCGUUCGAUCAACGCUUUCUAGAAGCGAUCGCAGACGAGAGGGCAAGAAUACUGCGGACACGUACUCCUGCACUGCUCGAGGACAUAACGGAUCUGGUGCGUGCCUGGUUUCGUCAGUGGUACGACGAGACGCUCGCUUUCGAUGUCAUCCCGGAACCAUUCCAAGGCGGUACCGUGCUGAUAGUGCGAGGUGAUACCCGUACCCCGAUGGAAUACCUGGAGGAGGAGCGUUUGAAGCGGUUGGAAAAACUGAAAACACCGGAACAGAAGAAAAAGGAAGCGGAUGCGAAAAAGGCGGCCCGAGAACUGGAGUUGAGCAAAAAACGGGAGGAAAAGGAACGAGCGAAAGAGCUGGCCCGAGAGAAACGUGCCAGGGAGAAGAAAGAAGGGAAAACCUAUGUCUUCAGUGAGCCGGAGUUCGUUACCAAUGCGUUCGUGAGUCUCGAGGAAACGCUUCGCCUGUAUCGGAAAGAUUGGGCAUUCAUCGAUGAAAUGAAAAAUGUUGCCGAGCUGCCCAUCAUGGAGUGGAUAACGCUGGAUCAAUUUGCCGAAGUACACCAGGAGCUCCACGCCGAGGUGCACGAGCUAUUGAAAGCGGAACGCGAACUCCUGCAGCAGGCACUCUGUGCGGAUGAGAAGCAAAAGUACAAACCUCCCAAAGCGCCACGGCCUCCGAAGGCGAAGAAAGGCGAUAAUAAGAAAAAGAAAAAGGAUCGAGAACCGAUUGACCUCACCGCCGAUCGUACGGUUCAAUCGUUGUUCGAGGAACUGGUUAACGGGAACGUGGUCAAAGCGUACCGGAAGCGAACGAUCGAUGAAUUUGUCGGUGAUCUCAACUAUGCGGCGUACGAGCGUCGACAACGCUUCGAACAGGACCCACCGGCAUGUCUUGGCGAGAUCCGAACGAUCGUACGAUCCUUUCUCUAUGGAAUGGGUCCAUUGGCCACGAUUCCGAAACCUCGCUCGCUAUGUCUGGUUGCACCGUCAGGAUACGGUAAAACGCUCCUACUCGAAGCCAUCUGCCACGAAACGGACUCGGUGCUGUUCGAUCUGAGUGUUGAAACAUGCCAACCAAUUCUUGGCCCCGAUAUACCGGCUUUUCUACAGAUGAUUCUAAAAGUAGCGCGACUGUUGCAACCCUCCGUGAUUGCACUGGAGGAGAUUCACAGGGCGUUCUACAAAAAGGUACCACCAACCGAGACCCACCAGGAUCCGACGAAGCUCGGUAAGUGGUUGCAUAAGACGAUCGUGAAACAGCUAAAGCCGGAGGAUAGAAUCCUUCUUGUGGGCACCACCGAUCGACCGUGGCUGGCGAAAGUGGGUCCACUGAAGAAGUGUUUUGACAAAUUUUUGGUGUUUCCCCGUCCCGACUAUGGCUCGACGGUGCUGCUUUGGCAACGGGCCCUACUUCCGUUCACGGGUGUUCCGCGUGAUCUCGAUAUUUCGGCACUGGCUACCGUUACGAAGGGAUACUCGCCCGGUCAGAUCCUGCAGUGUGCACGAGAGGUGCUCACGAUUCGUCGUCGAAUGCAGUUCGGUCGAAGGCCACUGCGUGUGGAAGAAUUUGUGGAUCAUUUCCUCUCGCAAACACCUCAACCUCUGUAUCCCAUCGCGGACAAGGAGUACGAACGGUUCGUAAAGUGGCACCGGAAAGUAGACCAACUGGCGAAACAGCGAGCUAAGCUGAUGCGCGAACGCGAAGAAAUGGCCAACCCCAAAUCAAAGGGUAAACCGAAGUAG